CCUCUCAGAGUCUACCACAGUGAUAUACUUUCACUAACAGUGUGAAACAGUAAAGUGUUGAACUUAACUACACCUGAGUGUCUUCCUUCACAGUGUGGCACAGUAACUUGUUGAACUUUAUAGUGAGGGAAGGUGACUUGUUGAACUUGACAGUGAGGGAAGAUGAAGUCAACAACGACGUGUGUACUGGUGGUGAUGCUAGUGGGAAGCAUCAUGGGGAAGUUGUCUCCACCUGAGAGGUCCUAUAAGAUCCUCAUGCUCCUCCCAGAUUAUAUAGUGAUGUUGAUCAACCAGCCGAAGUCGUCCAAACAUCCUAACAUAGAAGAUAUUCCUCACGACCUCCCAUACUUCAGGGAGGAUAAUAUUAACGUUUUCGACAAGAGGAACAAGUCCAGUGGAAUCUUCCAAGUCUUCGAGACUGCUCUGCCAACUCUUGCUAGGGAGUUGUACGAAGUCCCCGUGGUAAAGGACCUUUAUAAAAGAAGGAAGGAGUUUGAUGUUAUUGUGAUUAACCAGUUGUUCAACGAGGUAGGUACGCUUGACUGAAUGUUAAAGGAAAUGAGAAAGUCUUGCAGAAAUUUUGAGAUUGAUAUUUAACGAGAGUAAAUGUGUGUGAACAUUUGAGUGAAAUUAUCUUGUUGAAUGAAGUGUUAAAUUACAAGACAGACAUAUAAUUAAAACCAUGCAACGGGUGGGGCUUGAAUCAAUGGCCAGCGAGUUCUAAAACUCACAGGCCAGUGCGCUAACCACCUGGCCAGCUAACUCUAAUAAUAUUCAUCCAAUUAGGCAUAUUUCUAUACCACGUAGGGAAGAUAAGCUGGGCCACUUUGUCCAGUAUCGGGACACUUAUCAUUUGAAGCAAAGGCGGCGUCCAUCCUUACCGGUGUUGUGCCAGAGUUGUGGAAGAUGGCUAAUGUGAUUCCAAUAUGAAUACAGAGAGAAGCAGCCCAGCCACCGUGGAGAGAAGACGUCGUCGUUCUUGCUCUUCAGCUGAGCAACUCUGAACACUGAUGCUCGAGAAUUUUCUUGUGUUAUCCUGAGUAAUUCUUCACCAGAGCUGAGAGGAAACUUGCUUGCAGUCACUUCGAGCCCCAUCCCAUCAAGAGGGUAAGGCGGUGACUUGCUUGCUUGUUCACCCCUCUCAUCCCCAU